AUGGCCACGCAGGCGGGCUAUUCAGCAGUUAUUCCACCUGCGUCCAGAGUCCCGCUGGACAUAUGGCUUCAGAUUGCCGAGUACCUAGUUAUGGAAGAUGAUAAAGCGGUUGUUCGCGCUUGGCUGAAUGUCCGCCAUGCGAGUAGAAUGCUUCAAACUGCCAUCGAGAUGGUAUUUGCGAGCCAGCUGCUUCCUGCAACCGAGAUCGAGUUCAAAGUCGAUAGCAGAGGUGACUACUUGGAUGGCAUGAGCGAGGGGCGUUUCUUCACCGACGAUAGUCGAGUAAAAGAAAACAAAUGCCUCAUUAAAGGAUUUGUUGUACGCCUUGAUCGCUUCUCCCCGGAAUCUGCCCAGCAUGGUGAUGUGGGGCAGAAUGGGAGGCUCGCCGUCUUCAAGGCUAACGACUUCCGUAUUGAGGUGCCAUGCAUAGGCCGACUGGAAGGGCAGACAAGCACGGAAGAUCUUGAGAGGGCUUGGAGAAUCGAUAUACAGCAUUAUACUGGCAGUACCCAUGCGCGUAUCGAGAUAACGCCCCACAUCAUCAAGCUGCGAGGCAUUGUAAACGACACAGAGCUGCCGGAUCUCGAGGUCGAUUACGAGGCUCAUGAGGUAUCAUUCGAUUGGAAGCAUAUGUUUACCAAACUUCUCAGCGAGGAGAGCUUGGUUAAUCAAAUGCAGGAGGGCUUAUCUGCGUCGGAGCAAGUGUUGAUAAAAAUGCGCGGGACCGAGCAGCUCAACUUCCUCGAUCUUCUCGAGUAUCAGCGUAUGGCAUGGGCAGCAGAAAACUGUUAUUCUGGCACUUUAAAUCUUCCCUGCCAACUGUGUGCAGCUCAAGGAGACAUUGAGGCCUUCGGAGCUUUUGUCCGAAUCAAGGGACAAGAGCAUGCUGCUUCACCCAAACCAAGCUUGCCACCUAGCGAAGAUCCAAACCUGCCGCCUCACAGCGAUGGACAACUGCUACGAUGUCCGACAAUAUGGCGCUUCUUCCGAGAUGUGUAUAGCAAGCUUAGUCUUGUACGACGUGAUUUUCCUUUGAGUGUUGCGCGUGAGCGCUCUGCGCGGCGCAGGGCCCGUGAGUCUAGGCUGAGGCGGUGGUACCACGAACACAACCGACAUUGGGCUGUCUAUGAGCACGACUGGGUAUCCCAUGCCCGAAUACUGCAUAGGCUUCAUCUCGUUCGGUUAAUUCGCCGUGAAGAGAAAAGGGAUGCGGAUCACGAUUGGGAAGAGAAUGAAGAGCGUUUGGAGUGGUACUCUCAAUCGCACACCUUACCGGUUUACGUGGAUGAACACGCAGAAGCCGAAGCAGACGAGAUAACCAAGGGAUUUCUAAAACCAGAAACAGAGGAGAACUAUUGGUACAUGUAUGGCAUGGCUUUUGAUUAUGGCGAAGAUGAUGACGAAUGUCUUGUCAUGUAA